GAACCAAAUUGAGUAUGAGCUUGUACGUUCUCUCGGCUGUCAUUCCAGUAAAUUACAUUUAUUUACUGUAGUCUCACUACUGCACUCUACAUACAUUAGUUAAUUAGAACUUAGAAAGCGGGAAAAUGGAAAACCAAGGCAAGCACAGUGCACAGCAUGUACCGGGCCGGGACCGGGCGGGCCAAGAAGCUAGACGAAAAGGAAGGGAGAUCGAGGAGGCUGGCGCAAGCCUACUAGGAGCGGCGAGCAACAAGUGUCAUCGGGUCGGGAUCGGAAACGGCGGGUCGAAGGACCGUAGCCAGUCGGAGUCCGGCAGGUUGAGCGGCGGCAGCGAGUGGCUUCCUCUGGUGGAGCUCCCCGCGCGGACGUCCUGCAUGGUGAGGAGCGCGGCCACGGUGUUGCGGAAGAUGCCCUGCUCCGCCUCCGCGACGGCGAGCGCCGCGGCGGCGGCCUGGCCCCGAUCGCGCGCCUCCGGGAACACGGCCUCCAUCAAGGACUCGCACUCCCGCACCAGAUGCGACACCGUCUCCGUCUUGAAGAAGGGCUGCUGCAGCACCGACUCCAUCACGGCAAGCCGCAGCAUCGCGCCGGUGCGCUUGUCGUACUUCUUGAGGAUCUUGGCCAGACCUGCAGGCUUUCAAUUCAACUCCGUACAGCUAGCUAGCUAGAGCUAGAGCUCCUCCUACCUAUGUAGUUGAUGCUGCUGUAGUUGAGGAGCAGCACCAUGACGCCGUGGAAGUUGACGAUCUCCCUGCGGAUGGCGGCGACCUCGGCCUCGUGCAGCGCCGGCGCCGGCGCCGGCCUGCCGCGGCCCAGCGCGCGCUCGAUGUGGUUCUGCAGCUCCCGGUGGCGGAUGAUGAACUCCUCCUCCUGGUCGAGGAAGAAGGCGUUGAUCUUCUCGGUCUCCGCGUCGAUCUCGGCCACGAACUCGGCCUCCUCCGCGGGCAACGGCGGGCAGCCGCCGGAGCGGGCCUUGACGCACCGCUUCAGCUCCUUGUACCGCAGGAACUGGUCCUGCCACUCCGGGAGGCUCCGCUCGAUCUGCCUCCUCAGCCACUUGCCGAACUGCACCAUCUUCUCGACUCGAUUCUUGCUUUCUAAUCUAAAGUAAUUAUUAGUUACUGAUGAUGAUGG